AUGGAUUUGAUAGGGAAAGUUUAUCCACAUUCUUCUAAACAACAUUGUUUUAUCAUUGUGGCAACUGACUACUUUACCAAGUGGGUCGAAGCAGUGCCCAUGAAGUCAGUGCACCAAGAAGAUGUGAUUCGGUUUAUCAAACAACAUGUUAUUCAUAGAUUUGGGAUCCCAGAACCAAUCACAACUGAUCGAGGUUCAGCCCUUGUUGCCAAAGAAGUGCGGGCAUUUGCAGCAGAGUACGGGAUCAAGCUCCUAAACUCAACCCCUCACUUUGCACAAGGAAAUGGUCAAGCUGAGUCGUCUAAUAAGACGCUAAAAGGCAUCAUUGAAAAAAUAGUGGAAGAUAACCCUAGGGUGUGGCAUAAACUGUUAUCAGAAGCACUUUGGGCAUAUAGGACUUCUCAACAGUCAAGCACAGGUGUGACUCCAUUCAUGCUCACCUAUGGCCAUGAUGCAGUUUUGCCUAUGGAAGUGACUGUGCGGUCAAUGAGAUUCGCAUUGCAAAAUAAUUUGACCCCUGCUGAAUAUAAUGAGUCUAUGUUGGUUGAAUUGGAGGACCUAGAUGAAGUAAGGUUAAGGGCUCUUGACCACAUACAAGUUCAGAAGAGGCGAGUAGCAAGGGCAUAUAACAAGCGUGUUAGGGCCAAAAUCUUCGGUGAAGGUGACUUGGUUUGGAAGACUGUCUUCCCAAUGGGUGUGAAUGAUCGAAAAUAUGGAAAAUGGUCACCAAAUUGGGAAGGUCCAUUUAUGGUUUACAAAGUCUUAAAAGGAGGCGCAUAUCAUUUGCAAGAUCUUGACGGGGAAAUACACCCUCGACCGAUUAAUGGCCGAUACUUAAAAACUUAUUAUCCUACAAUGUGGGAGACAAUGGAAAAUAAAACCAAAGAUGGUUAA